CAAUUACUAAAGGUGGACAUAUUCUACAGUGUCGCAGUGAGCCGUGACUGCCGCCUGUUAGCCUCUAGUUUUCAGAGCUGUACGAGUCCAGCGGGCACCACAGGACUCGUAUUCACGCAGAGAAGAUCAGAGCGGCGCGGAUGAAUGGAAACUGUAAUGCAAUGUUCAGCUUAUUACCGCUACAGAGACAGUGAGGAGAAGGAGAGCGGGGGGAGAAGGUUGACGUGUCACCAUGACAACAGAAGCGGGCUCUGAGACAGAGGUGAAGGAGAAAGCCGAGGAGUCAGCGGCUGAGACCGACCAAUCGGAAAAGGCCUCAGAAGGAGCCCAGGAAGUAACUGACGCCGAGGGAGAGGACAAGGAAAAAGAGAAGGAGAAAGACGGGAAGGAGGGGAAAGGAAUCGCUCGUUACCUGCCCACAUGGCUUAAGAAGCAGAAGUCUCAGAGCCAGACCUCCCCGACCAAGGAGGAGCCACCCAAAGAGGAAAGCAAUAGCAAGGACACGCAGGAAGAGGACGGGCCUGUCCCCGAAGUGAACGGUCACGCAGAGGAAGUGGAAGAGAAGGAGGCCGUGAAGUCGGACGAAGUGAAGGAACAAGAAGCAGAAUCUCAUUCCACAGCCAGUGCAGACACCGAGCCUGCGAAGGAGGAGAAGGUGCAAGAGAGUGCUGAGAAAAGUCCCGAGGAGACCGUGGUGACAGAAGAAGGAGAGGGAGUGGAGGAGGAGAAGAAGGAGCAGGAAGGAGAAGGCGAAAAAGAGGGAGAAGAAGGAGGAGAGGAGGGCCAUACAUCUAUUUUCCAGUCUCCUCUUCGUCUGGUGAGGAAAAGCAAGAUGAAGCUGGUGGUGUGCCGCGUGACGCUCCUGGACGGGACGGACUUCACCUGUGAGGUGGAGAAACGUGCCAAGGGCCAGUUCCUCUUCUUUAAGGUGUGUGAGCACCUUAACCUCAUGGAGAAAGACUACUUUGGACUCUCUUACAUUGACAGCCAUGAACAGAAGGUUUGGUUGGAUCCCACCAAGGAAAUCAAGAGACAGAUACGCAGUAACAACUGGCAGUUUUCAUUCAACGUCAAGUUCUACCCCCCCGACCCCUCACUGCUCACUGAAGACAUUACCAGGUACCUGUUGUGUCUCCAGCUCCGUGAAGACGUGGCUUCGGGACGGCUGCCUUGCUCCUUCGUCACUCACGCUCUGCUGGGGUCGUACACACUGCAGGCAGAAGUCGGUGACUAUGAACCCGACCAGCCUCGGCCUCUGGACAACGUCGGUCAGCUGACCUUUGCGCCCAAUCAGAACAGAGAGAUGGAGGAGAAGAUUGUUGAACUCCACAAGUCUCACAGGGGAAUGACACCAGCACAGGCCGACGUCCAGUUUCUAGAAAAUGCCAAGAAACUGUCCAUGUAUGGGGUGGACCUGCACCAUGCUAAGGAUUCUGAGGGCGUGGACAUCAUGCUAGGUGUGUGCGCUAACGGACUCCUGGUGUACAAAGACAGGCUGCGGAUAAACCGCUUCGCCUGGCCCAAAAUCCUCAAGAUUUCAUACAAGAGGAACAACUUCUACAUUAAGAUCAGACCAGGAGAGACGGAGCAGUUCGAGAGCACGGUGGGAUUCAAACUCCAGAAUCACCGCUCUGCCAAAAGGCUGUGGAAAGUCUGUGUGGAGAAUCACAGCUUCUUCAGAUUAAACGCACCAGAGCCUCCCACCAAGGCCCGCUUCUUGACUCUGGGCUCCAAGUUCCGCUACAGCGGGCGAACCCAGGCCCAGUCCCGCGUGGCCAGCUCGCUCAUAGACCGACCCGCACCCUGCUUUGAACGCACCUCGUCCAAACGCAUCAGCCGCAGCCUGGAUGGAGCACCAAUGAUCCGCAUCACUGAAGCCACAUCUGAGAACGGAGGUGACCCCCACCUGGAGCUCCACUCUGACUCUAAGGUUAUGGAGGUGGACUUAAGCCCUGGUGAUGCGGAAGCCACGCCCACCCAGUCACUGGAAGCCAGUGAGCCCGCCCCCUCUCAGAGUCCAAACAGAGUGCAUGGGGACAAUAUUUAUGUGAGGCACAGUAAUUUAAUGUUGGAGGACCAUGAUAAGACCCAGGACGAGGUUCUGAAACACCAAGCUAGCAUUAGCCAGCUAAAGCGCUCCUUUAUGGAGGCGCCACCUCCCUCUCCUCCUCAGCCCAACCAGUGGGAGAAACGUCUCACCUCCUCCCCCGCUCCAACGAUACGUAUUCAGCAGCAACAGCAAGUGGAGAGUGCGCCUCAAGCGGAAGAUGCCCCCGUCGCAGAAAACGAGAUCUCUGAUACCAAAGAACCUGCAAAGACGGCCGAAGUUGAAAUUGAAGAAACCGUUGUCGUCCAAGAGGUUUCCAUAGCGCCCAAACCCGGACUUGUCACGGUUACGAGCCCGCAGGAAGUGACGGUGGAAAAGGAAGUAGUCGUAACGGUGGAAACCAAAGAGGCGAAGCAGGAGAGCGUUUCAUCGGAAAGCGAGAGCGAGGAAGAGGCGGAGUACCAGCCGAAUGUUUCCGUGUCUAUCUGCCACACACAAAUACUAGAGGAAGAAGAGGAGGAGGAGGAAGAGGAGGAAAAAAAAGGUGUGUCGGUUCCAGACGCUCCUUCCCUUCCUGCAGAAGUAGAAGAGGAGCCAGAGCAGAAGAACAAUGCAGAGGAGGAAAUACAAGCUAAGAGCAACGAUGAUCCAAUCACGACACAGGCUACAAACGGCCACUCCCUGCCGGAGGAUAGCGCCGUCGCCCCGGAAGAGGAGGAAGAGGAGGAGGAGGAGGAACAAGAAGAACAGCUGAAAAUGAACGGAGUAGCCUCUGUGGUGGAAGCAGAACCCCGGCUGCAGGUUAUUUGUUGCUCCGAGCCACCUGUGGUAAAGACAGAAAUGGUGACUAUAUCAGACACGUUUGCAGCCCAGAAAACUGAGAUAGCUACAAAAGAAGUGCCCAUCGUACACACGGAAACCAAGACCAUCACAUACGAAGCCGCACAGUUGGAUGGUAACGGCGAUGGCGAGCCCGGAGUGCUGAUGACAGCUCAGACAAUCACCUCGGAAUCUCUGUGUACUACUACAACCACACACAUUACCAAGACGUUAAAGGGCGGCCUAUCAGAGACGAGGAUUGAGAAACGCAUCGUCAUCACUGGAGACUGUGACAUCGACCACGACCAGGCACUGGCCCAAGCCAUUAAGGAGGCCAAAGAGCAACAUCCUGACAUGUCUGUUACCAGAGUGGUGGUUCAUAAAGAAACUGAGCUGGCUGAGGAGGAGGAUUGACUGCACGCAGAGCUGAAGGAUCCAUCGUGACUGUUUCCUCCGUUGACGUCGAACGACCUCCAUCACCCUACGACAACCGACCCUGACUGACUGAAGAGGAGGAGGAGAGGAAGGAGAGCUGGAAUAACGGGAAGGAGGAGGGGUAGACAAAACGGAGAGAAGUCUCUAACCUCUUCCCUGUCGAUCGUUCUUACAUUUCUGUGGUGCAUCUGAAUCCCUCACUCCAAAAACGUGAAAAACAAAAAAAAAUUACAACUUCCGAGGGAACAAAAAAAAGAACCACUUUGUUAGCUUAACAUUUGUAGCGUGUUUUUAUUUUUUUAAUAGUGUUUUUUUUUCUUUUAACUGUUUUACAAAAAGAGAGGUAGUGUGUCUGUCAUAGUGUGUCAACUCAAAAGCUAAAGGGACGCACCGAUAACCUGUCCUGACAAAAUUGAUUCAACAUAUUGAUUAUUUCUCCAAAGGUUUUCAGAUGAAGAGGUACUGGCAAUCACCAAUCAAGAAUGCUUUUUAUCUUCAUCCAUUUUUUUCUAAAAGGAAUUAAUACGACGCUAACGCUUUGUUCUUUUUUUUUGUACUGUGGAGAAGUGUAAUUGGUGCAUUCCUUAGAAAAAACGUUGUGUUUAAAUUACAGCUCCCUCUCUCACUGAUUGUGGUGUAAAUGGAGAGGGACAUAAUGUAACAAAGCACUUAAAUAUUUAACAGUAACAAGUAAGAACUUCCCUUUUGAUUUCUAAACUUUUUGCAACAAAGUCAAACAGUCUUACUCAUAAAAUCACUUUCACAGUAGAAUGACAGUCGUGUCACGUUAUCACACUUUAUCACUACCAUUUCUAAAAAAAAAAAAAAGUUGGGAGCUGUAACUUAAACUAUCGCAGUAAAACCAAUCAACAAGGUUUUCUUUCCAAUGUUUAUGAUUGUGUCUCGUUUUUCUGUAAGUAUAGUUAUUAUUCAUCCACAUUCCUUGUGUUUUGACUGGCUGCUGAGUGAGUUCAUUUUCAGUUAAAUCACUUCAAUCUAAGAGAAUUCACGUUUUACCAUUCACCGUGGACGGAAAAGAAAAUGAACAUUUCUUAAAUGCGACGCCAGACAGGUGGAAUUCAUUCCUUGUGAUAUAUUUGUAAGUUUUACAGUAUUUAAGAAUGCAUUUUUACAAAAUUGACUGAAAAUGAACUGACUUUAAAAGCUGGCGUAUACAACUCUCUGUACAGUAAAAAUAAAGGUUAUUAGACGGGAUGCAGCUUUUGGUUCGCUAAAUGCUCUCCCUGGGCCCACCCACUCUACGACACUAGCCAUUCCUAUUGGGCCGCAGGGAAGCAAGGGAGCAGUCAUUUGAUUGGGAGAGAGGACCAGUGAACUGAAAGCUAAUUGGGAGAUAGAGGUGGGGCUGUGUAGUGCCAACUAACAACUUUGGGAAAAUAAACGUAAAGCAUAUUGGCCUUUACUCUCUGACAAGGACAUGUUUCUCCAAUUGUUUGCUAUUUUAAUUCUUUUUGGACAAUGUCUAAUACAAACCCUGCAAACUAAGCACAGGUACCAAAAGGAAGAUAAACAUAAAGUGAAAAGCAGUCCAAAAUUCAAAUUUAUUUUUGCCAAUUUUGCAGCAUUUUGUCGUCAGUGUGUACUUAAUUUCACUCCCAGCAUAAAAAGCCAACAAACCCUGCUAGAUAAAAUGAGAUCGGGGAUUUAAUUGAGCAUGGUUUCACACAUUUUUAUCCUAAGCGAGUCUAGAUGGAAGCUAAUGUGCUUGAUUGGUUUGAGAGUGUGUAGAUACAGAUUAUCCUACAGUACGUCUAGAUAACAAUCUCAACGGCGGCUUCUGUUGUAACUGUUUCACCGCAACCAAAAUAUUCUUCAGCAGUAAAGCGAUUUUUGUAUGUUCCUGACCUAUUUCACAGUUGCCCGUACACCACAAACAGACACAGUUACAACCAAACAGUAAAAUGCAGCUUAAAGGGAAACGUAUCUGAGGUUUUAAGUGCUCUUGAAAGCCUUGAAUCCCAUGAUAUUUUAUUCAGUUUUUGGUGUUAAUUUAGGCCAAAUGUUCCACAAAAUUGUUGUGACUGUGUAAAUAUUGGUGGCAUUAAAUGGGAUAGAGCAAGGGGUCGACAAAUAUUCUUGUUGUGAGUUGCGGAAAAACAAAAACAAAUCCUCCUGAAAUGUACCUGGUUUUAAACUAAGAAGUGUCGGAUUAAUUUGGAAACACUCCCGACUAACUGGACAUAGAGGCGUUUUGAAUUAGAGACUUUUAUCUUUUUGUAUUUAGGAAAUAUUAACACACAAUCUCCACAUACCACUGGAUUGAGUGGUAACGGCCGCCUGGGCUUUCUAUUGGUCUGACCUUUUUUAUGCAGUUAAAUAGCAUUCCAAAUGAGGGGGAAACUUUAACAUUAAAUCCUCAUGCAAUGUCACAAAGCGGCAGAAAAACAUUUUGUAAAAACUAUUAAACCGUGAAACACUAGGCAGCUUUGGAAACCUUCACUAUCAAAAACAAUCACACUUUGAAAAAGGAUUCGCUGGUAUCACAACGGCGUUAUUUGUAGAUUUGCUUAUAAUUUCUUGUCUUAUCUCUGUGAAAUUGAUGUACUUGGGAUUUAAUGGCGCCCUGUCUGAUAUUCUUAAUAUUGUCUCAGUGUUUGUGACAUUGAAGGAACACACCACUACAAGCCACCCUUUAUUUUUUUGUACUUCUAGCCCGGGUUUGACCUCUUUUUCAGGGGUUCUGGGCUCUUUUAACCAAUCACCGGAGCUUUGGGGUGGCUGCGGGGGCUGGUUUUCCAAAAUGUGGACAUUUUAUUUGACGUUUAUUAAAGAAAGAAUCGUCUCAAGUAACUUUAUUAACAGUAAAAACAAACUGAAGUUAUCAGUAGUUACAGUGGCUGCUCCGUACAAACAUGGUAACAGAAAGAUUUUAUUGAUAAGAUCCAGUCAAAACAAAGUAUGUGUUGUGUAUGAGGCUGAAGUAGAUAAAUGGAAAUUACCUUAACAGUUUUAUCUCAUGCUUUUUACCACAGAUUUGACAGUUUUGAUAAAACCAGCAUCAUUUUGUAUUUCAGUGACUUAAAAACUCAAAAGGAAAAACUUUGCAUUAAAAAACCCACUUUGGAAAACCAGCCACAGCUGCUUCAUUGUUCUCUCUUUAGCCAACCAAUGAUCAUCAGUAGGGUUUUUCUAUCUAGCAGCUUAUUGUCUUGUGUCUCCCCCACGCACAGCCACUCCUCCCCUGUGUAACACUGUUUAAAUAAAGGAUUGUUAUACUCUGAAA